AUGAUAACCAGUCAGGUUCUGCUCCUCCUGAUGCUCUCUAUCCUGUGGCCCAGUACCGCCCUGCCUUUCACACCUGGGAAUAUUGGGAAUCUGUUUGGGAUGCCAGAGAGCGACGGGAGGAUUCUUCAACGGUCCAAACGUGGAUGGAUGUGGAAUCAAUUCUUUCUGCUGGAGGAAUACACAGGAAAUGACCAUCAAUAUGUCGGCAAGCUGCACUCCAACAUGGACAAAGGUGACGGCAACGUGAAGUACGUCCUGACAGGAGACGGGGCCGGCAGCCUGUUUCUGAUUGAUGAGAAGUCUGGGGAUAUUCAUGCCACCAAGAGGCUGGACAGAGAAGAGAAAGCUAUGUACACACUCAAUGCCAAGGUUUUGGAUAGGAACACCAAUGCAGAGCUGGAGCCCGACACAGAGUUUAAUAUAAAAAUACACGACAUCAAUGACAAUGAGCCAAAAUUUGCAAAGGAAAUCUUCUUUGCAAGUGUCCCAGAAAUGUCUGAAGUUGGUACAUCUGUCGUCACUGUAACUGCCAAUGAUGCAGAUGAUCAAACGUAUGGGAACAGCGCCAAGCUUGUAUACAGCAUUCUGCAGGGACAACCCUAUUUCUCUGUGGAUUCUGAAAAUGGCACUAUCAAGACCGCCCUGCCGGGCAUGGAUAGAGAAGUCAAGGAAAACUACCAGGUUGUGAUCCAGGCUAAAGACAUGGCCGGACAGAUGGGCGGACUUUCAGGAACCACAACGGUCAGCAUCACCCUCUCCGAUGUGAACGACAGCCCGCCUCGCUUUGCUAACCAUUCCUUUCGUUUGACUGCUGUGGAGUCUACGGAAAUUGAAGGUGCUAUUGGACGCAUUAAAGCUGAUGAUCCAGAUGUUGGGCGUAACGCUGAGAUGGAGUACAGUAUUGUCGGCGGUCAUGACAUAUUCGACAUUAUUACAGACCAAACCACACAAGAGGGAGUCAUAAUAGUAAAAAAGGCACUGGAUUAUGAAAGUAAGAGGGACUAUGAGUUCAGAGUGGAGGUGAAAAACACCUACUUAGAUGCAAGGUUCAUCCACGGUUUGCAAUUCAAAGACUUCGCCACGGUCAAGGUGACGGUAGAGGAUGUGGAUGAGCCUCCCGUUUUCACCAGGAACCCUUACAUCAUCGAGGUGCACGAGGACACGGCUGCUGGCAGCUUCGUCGGUGUGGUGUUGGCCAGGGACCCUGACGCUGACAACAAGCCAGUCAAAUACUCCAUUGAUCGGCAUACAGAUCUGGAGAGGCUGUUCAACAUUGAUUCUGUGAAUGGCACCAUUACAACACUGAAAGCACUGGACAGAGAAAUGUCCAAAUGGCACAACAUCUCUGUGGUGGCUACUGAAAUAAAUAACCCACGGCAGACAACUCGAGUGCCUGUGUUCAUUAAGGUGUUGGAUGUCAAUGACAACGCCCCUGAGUUUGCAAUGUCCUACGACACAUUUGUCUGUGAGAACGUCAGAGCAGGACAGUUAAUUCAGACUAUAAGUGCUGUUGAUACAGACGAGCCCCUCGUUGGACACAAGUUUGUCUUUAGUAUAAGUGCCGCCAACCCAAACUUCACCAUUGUUGACAGGGAAGAUAACACUGCCAAUAUCCUGACACGGAGGGGAGGCUUCAGCCGGCGUGAGAUGAGCAUGUACUUCCUGCCUGUGGUGAUCUCAGACAAUGACUACCCCAUUCAGAGCAGCACGAGUACACUGAUUGUGCGCGUGUGCGCUUGUGACAGCCGUGGAAACAUGCAGACAUGUAACCCUGAGGUCCUGCCCUUCUCAGAUGGCCUCACAACUGGAGCUCUGGUGGCCAUCCUGCUCUGUGUGAUUAUUCUCCUCAUGAUCGUGGUGCUGUUUGCUGCCCUGAGGAGACAGAGGAAGAAGGAGCCUCUGAUCAUCUCCAAAGAGGAUGUCAGAGACAACGUUGUCAGCUACAACGAUGAAGGGGGUGGAGAGGAGGACACUCAGGCCUUUGAUAUUGGUACAUUGCGCAACCCAGAGGUGAUGGAUGCUAACAAGCUACGUAGGGACAUCAUACCCGAAAUGCUGUUUCCUUUUCGGAGGACAUCACCUAUAAAGGAUAACACAGAUGUCAGAGAUUUCAUUAAUGGGAGGCUUCAAGAGAAUGAUUCAGACCCCACGGCGCCCCCCUAUGACUCCCUGGCCACGUAUGCUUAUGAGGGCAGUGGGUCACUAGCAGAGUCCCUCAGUUCACUGGAGUCAGGCGCCACUGAGGGGGACCAGGAUUACGAUUACCUCAGCAACUGGGGACCCCAAUUCAAAAAGUUGGCAGAGAUGUACAUAGGGAAGAGUCCUGAUAGAGAGACCUAA